AUAUAUAUAUAUAUAUAUAUAUAUCUAUCCCCCUCUCUCUUUAUCUUUCCCUCACUCUUCACACAAUUUCUUCUUACAUAUAGACGACAGUGAUUCUCUCUCUAUUUCUAUUUUUCUAUCAUUUACUCAAGUGCAUCUAUUUUCAUUCAGUGGUGUAAGACGAAUAAAUUCGUACGCCGUCAAUUUUUUUUUUUUUUUUUUUACAACAACAAUUUGUUCAACAUAAUCUAAUCAAGGAUUUGUUUGUUUGUUUGUUUGUUUGUGUGUAAUCAUGGCGUCGAAUAAUUUACGAACAGGUUUUAAAAAGUUGGUGCAAGAGGAAGGCGCUAUGAAGAAGAUCGUAAUUACUGGUCUGGCAGAAAUGCUGGGCACAUCGAUAUUGGUGUUUCUUGGAUGUAUGGGAUGCGUUGGUAGCCUUGGUGUCAUACCUUCUCAUUUACAAAUAACUUUAAAUUUUGGUUUGAGCGUUAUGAUUGUCAUUCAGUGUUUCGGACACAUUAGUGAUGCCCAUGUUAAUCCAGCCAUUACAGUAGGUUCCGUGGUACUCGGUAAAAAAACUAUCCCGGAGGCUAUGGUUUAUUUCUUGGCUCAAGUGUUAGGCAGCAUCAUGGGUUAUGGAAUGUUAAAGGUAGUUACACCCACGGAAUUUCUCAAAGUUGGAAAUGUUGAUGAUGCGGAUAACGUUUGCGUAACUUUUAUUAAUCCAAACAUAUCAGCGAUUCAAGGACUUUUACUCGAAGGUAUAUCGACAUUCGUUUUGAUGUUGGUUGCCUGUGCUGUUUGGGAUAUCAGAAACAAGAUGAAUACGGAUUCUGUGGCAUUAAAGUUUGGUUUCACGGUAGCAGCUUUAGCUACAGCUGUUGGCCCUUACACUGGUUGCAGUAUGAACCCAGUAAGGUCACUGGGUCCAGCUAUUUGGAAUAAUCAAUGGAGUCAUCAUUGGAUCUAUUGGUUUGGUCCUAUUGGUGGUGCUUUAUUCAGUUCGAUAUCUUAUCGCACAAUUUUCGGCGUUCAAAAUUCAGACGAAGAGGAAAUUACACCGGAAUCUGUUGCACUUAACAGUGCUGAUAUUCCAAUGAAAUUAGAAGUUAGAGAGCAGCCUUGACUUUGAGUACCAGAAUGAUGAACUCUUAUGUAGCCCAAAUCGCAUUAUUUGCUAUUAUGAACGACGAUUUGUAUUUCAAAGUUUCAAAACUAUAAAACAUCCAGAAAAAAAUCAAAAUAUAAAUGAUGUGAAUAGCUUACAAAAAUCAUCAACAUACAUUCUGAUAAUU